UCAGGACUCAUGAAGGUCUUGUUCAAGCUCUGGGGUCCAUAGAUACUUCUGAUACCUUCUACUCUCUUCUGUAUAUUAUGAUCUGAUCUGAACUGGUUUGUUCACGAUCAUGUUUCUGAUGAUUAUUGUUUAACACGAAAGAUUCUAGGGUUUAAUUUGUUUACUGUUUAAUCGUAUCAUAUUUAGCUUAAUCUUUGUUUUUUAUCCCUUUCUAUCAGAAGAUCUAAGUUUCCCAGGCCGAUCUUUGUUUGUUUGAGAUCGUUGCCUCUUUUCUUGAUCGAUCUUAAAUUAGGGUUAGGGUCUCGCGUGUUUUGAAAAUAAAAUUUAGGGAAUGGAGGCCGUGUUUUUGUAUUCGUCUCCAGAUCCAACAGUCUCGCCUUACAAGCAGUCGAGAAAUCCUAGGAAAGCCGAUCGGCCUCUCGUUUCGCAGCGAUCUGAGAACUUAGCUCCUAUAUUGAACAACUAUCACGGCGGCGGUAUCCUUCACGCUCCGCCGGCUUAUCUGUCCUCCUCGAAUCCUCUGCUGCGGAACCAACCGCCUCUUCUGCCACUUCCGAUCCCAAACUCCGGCAGUAAUCUUCGGAGCAGAGCCCUUUCGUACUCUCCGGUUAACCGGAAAACUAGCUCCAGAUCGAGGGGCCAAUCUCUGACGCCGAAAAAAUCCAAGCCGAUGGGGAAUCCGAAAAGAGCGGAUUCAAGACGGGAUUCGAAAUCAGUGAAGGAGAGUUUGGUGAUUGCGCCAACGGGCCCGUUGGGGCCCGACCCGAAGGACGUUUCUAGGGUUCUGUCAUCGGCGCUGUCUGGGAAUCUUACGGUUUUCACUAUCUCGCCCCCGCCGAGCAGCUUGCCGUUGCCGACUUUUUCUCUGAGGCCGAAGCUAAGCUGCUACAACGGGGAGGCGGCCGGAAUCGACGCGGGAGCCACGGACGAUCUGCAGCGACUUCUCCGGCUCCGUUGAAAGAUCGGGGGUGUUAGUUCUGUAAAUAAAAGCAUAACCAAGGGAGGGUAUGCUUGUAUUUGUGGUCACCGCCUGUGUUUUUUGAAUUGGGGUGCGCAAAAAAAUAUACCUGUAAUUUGCCUAAGAUAUUCUCAGGUUGUCUCUCUAUCCAUUUUGUUUUCAUAAAAAAAAAAAAGAAAAGAAAAAGUAGUGUCUGAGCUGGUGUUUACUUUCCCCACUAUGUUCUGUACUUGUUCUCGAAAUAAAAGCUGAAAGCUCACGUUUUGGUCUUUAUUUACAA